UCAUGGCGACACAGCCCUUGUAUUUUCCGUCUUCACCGGCGACUCACUGAAUCGAAGAAAUGCGACCUCUUAUGUGUUUUUGGUUUUCUUUAGUUUGCGUUUUAGCAGGUAAAGAUUCGGGAAGCUCUUCUUGGCAUGACACGAUUAACAGGAAGCAGACUGCAAGGGAUGCUUCUUCCCGUUUUCCCUCCAUUAAAAAUGGUGGAGACGGAGUCCAUUCUAGUUUCCCAGCUAAGUACGUCCCAGAGUAUGGGAUCCCUAUGCAGGCUACCCCGUUCCCGUAUAAACUACUCCGCCCUCGUUUCGGAGAUCAUUAUGAGGCAAUGCCGCUGGCUCUUCAGCGGGCAAUGAACCCGAGGCUCCCGCCGAUAGUUCUGCCUUCUCCAGUUGUGCCGCAGCCCAGGUGGGCAGUCGCGGUGUCUUGUUUCGAUGGUAAAAUGUUUGUGCGGGUCGAUAAGUUUCUAUGCGGCUUCGGUUGCAAAGACUCCGAUUUAAUCCUAGGUAAAGGCUGCACGAGCACCUCUCAAUUUGGAUCGGAAGUCAUCUUUGAAUACAGCCUCCAGCGAUGUGAUACUAAAGCGCAAGUGGUAAAUGGCAUGCUUGUUUACAGCAAUACCCUUUAUUAUAAACCUUUAGAGCCUAAAGGGCCUAUACGGAGAUCCAGUCCAUUUUCUGUAACCCUCUUGUGUUCUUAUGAAAGGUUACACCACUCCUAUAAACUGGCAUACCAUCCUAUUUGGAACAGAGGCACUUAUUUUAGGAACCUAAGAAACCAGUACAGCUUCACUCUUCACACCAUGAAUGCUGACUUCUCUGCCACUUCAACAAGAAAUAAAUAUUAUCUUGGCCAGCCCAUAGCUUUCCAGGCAACUGCAUAUUUUGCAUCUUCAAGACAAAAGCUUUUUGUUCAGUCUUGUCAUGCAACUGCAUCCCCAGAUCCCUUCUCUCCUUCCAGGCACAUUCUGAUCAAUAACUUGGGCUGCAUGGUGGAUGGCAAGGAUGAAAAUUGUGCUUCAAAGUUUGUUCUGCCAAGAACUAAUGAUACCAUCAACUUUAUAAUAGAGGCCUUUCAGUUUCACGCAAUAUCUCCUCGGGUCUAUGUACAUUGUGAGUUGGUUGUGACAGAUGUAUUAUCAAAAAGUGCAAAAUCUUGCAAUUAUGAUAAAGUAACAAAGAGGUGGUAUGAACUGGAAGGUCGUCAUGCUCUUUGCAGUUGCUGUGACUCUCAAUGCGCAAAAGAUACAGGCUCCAAACAUCCAAAAGAAGUAAAGCGAAUGAUGAGCAAUGGUCCACUGCAGAUCUUGGCUUCUGAAGAUGAACAGACUGCUCCACAUCACUUGUCUGAUUUGCAUGAAGUUUCUGAAGACUUUCCUGUACAUGAGUAUCUGAAUGUUGGCAAGAAUUUCAAACCUGAAGAUGAACAGCUUUUAUCAAAUGACUUGGGAAAUGAUUUAGAAAACCAGGAGGCAUCUUUUGAAAUGGUUCACGAGCCUCUUUCAGAAGAAAUACAACAUAUUGAUAGUGAAAGAAACCCUCUACUUGACCAAAAUGGGGCAGAAUCCAACACUUUCCACUCUUUUAGGAUACGGAAGAUGUCAGAAAGUGAAUCAUCAGGCUUUAAGUUAGAGGAGAAGAUGGCAAUUGUGGACAAGGCUAGUUCCUAGACUGGAUGCAGUGUAAAGGUAGGAAUUUCCCCUUUAUGUAUCUCCCCAGGAAACCUAAAUGUGGAUUUACAUCUUGGACUUGAAUGUGUCAAUCUCCAGUAUGGUUUGUCGGAUAUACAAAUUGACCUGUCUGCAUUAGCCAAAGACCACCUGUGCAGUAUGUCUUAAUGAAUAAAGGGACUGCAGAA